CCGGUAUAACAUAUUUUUUUACUUUUUAUCUUUUCCCAUGGACAUUCACAGUAGCUUUGACGAGUUUCUCGAUUUACGCGAUCAGCACGAAGAAGGAGGUUUACUUCAGCAACAAGGAGAAUCAAUCAAGUCUCAGUCAGGACAACACCCAAAUUCAACAGCAACCCUAAUGACGAACGGUGAAAACGCUAUUACAAUAGCGGCGACAGCAGCAACAGAAGAUAAUAAUAGCACUCUAUCAGCACAAGAGAAUGGUGCGGUUGCGACAGUAUCUACCUGGAAUAUGACAGGUUCAGACGGUAGCUUGGCACCUGAGCAUGCCCCCAUCACCCACAAUACCAAUAACAACGACAAUGGCGUCGUUAAUGCAGCCACUGGCGCUACCACUUCUGCAGCAGCAGCAGCAGCCACAAUGGGCGACCCCAAUCAACCAUUUUAUUUUCCACUGGACAGCGCAAGUUGGGCAUCUGUUUUUGCAGCUUCAGAUAUGAACACUGCAGCACUGACAGCAUUCAUGAAUGAAAACCAACAAGAAGCAGCAGCAGCAGCAGCAGCAGCAGGUGCAGUUGUACCAUUAGCCAACACUGAUGCUUCGAGUGCACCUGCAAACGUAUCGCAACAACAGCACUAUAUUCCACCACAACAGAUGCUUUUACAACAGCCACCUUUGCUUCUUGCAUCGUCAACAGCGUCACCCGUACCAACUAUUACUGCUGCGGCUACUACUACUACUACUACUACUACCAUCGCUACCGACAACGAUACGAUGAAAAAUAAUAAUAAUGAAGAUAAUAGCGAUAAAUCGGCCACAAAUGUUGAAUUACCAGAGGCGAAAGAACAAGAAGAAGUGGAUACGGGAAGGAUGAAGACACGGUCGUCUCUGAGACUGCGAACUACGGUCAGCAACAAGCCGGCUAACGAGGAGCCCUCCAGCAAUCCUACAACAACAACUACUACUACAACGGAAACGCCAAAGAAGAAAACAAAGGGCAAAAGGCUUUAUUGUAUAUGUCAACAACCUUACACGGGUUUCACUGUGCUUGCGUGGACCUCGAUCCUGAUGAGGCAGAGGAUAUCGAAACAUGGGUUUGUAAGAAUUGUGAAGAUAAACAGGACAAGUCAGUUGCAGAAGACACGCCCAACGAGGAGCAAUCGACGGUCAAGGAUCAACAGUCGACUACGACCACAACCACAACCACAGGAAGGCCAUAUGCUACACGACAAAUACGAGCAAAAAAGUGUUUAUUAUCAACAUGCAAAAACAGAACACGAGCCGAUUCAUAUUGCAGCGAUGUUUGUGCCGCACAAGAUUCUAUGAGAAAGCCUGGAGACAGUGAUUAUGUGCCGACCAAGUCUCCAUCUCCUCCCAAUGAACGACGCUCGCGCACCACAUCAACGACCUCCUCCUCCUCCUCAUCAUCAUCA